CGUCGAUCUUGGCCACGAUGCGCACCGGGGAAGUGCCUUUUUUCUCACUUAUCGAUAAGAAGAAGGGCCGGUGUUGGUUGGGCAGGCUGGCAGGCAGCCUGCUGCCUUAUGGCUACACAGGAGAACCGCCGAACAGAUGAAAAUGUCUCGAUAAAUCACACAUUUAGAGCUCAACGUUCACUAAUUUUGCUUGGUGCAACACACUGUGCCUGUACCAUGGCUUCAUACCACUACUCUCAGCUGCCCAAGAGCAACGUGCGCAUGCUCCGGCUUUUGCCGCAUCCAGACAAGCAUUCCCGCACUGCUUCUUCGAGCGGGUCAUGUGGGUAGAUGCUAUUUGCAUUAACGAAGAUGACGCGACCGAAAAGGGGCACCAGGUCUAGGCUAUGGCCAAGAUUUACGCCAAAGCAAGCCGGGGCCGUCGUCUGGCUCGGAGAGGCGGCAGAAAACAGCGACGAAGCACUCGAGUACAUGCGCAUUUCGUCUUAGAGCCUGCGGCAGCUGACGAGGCAAACAAGCCGGCGAUUAUAAAACUGCUUCAGCGGCCAUGGUUCCAGCGGAUCUGGGUCCUUCAGGAGGUUGCUGCAGCUCGGCACAUCGUAAUCAGAUGUGGUUCUACCGAGAUGGGCGGGCAUGCGUUUUGCUCAGCCCUCGGGGUGCUGAAGCCAUUCUACAGCACCAUCCCAAGUCUACAAGGUCUAAUCCCUCCUAUAACCCACCAGGUCAGAGACGCCAUCUUCCGUCCUAAAUAUAACCUCAUUCAGCAAGGCGCCUUCUCCCUGUCUAUUCACCUCCUCGGCGAGCUGGUGGAUAUGUUCCACACCCGAGAGGCAACAGAGGCUCUUGACAAAGUUUAUGCCUUGUUGGGUAUGAGCUCCGGAGAUCCCAGUGCAGAAGGGCUAUCGGCCGAUUACAUUGCCUCGUGGAAGACAGUCUUCAAGAAACUCAUCGCCUAUUCCCUUUCGACGCAAGCAUCUGUAGAGACCUGGGACGGAAAGGAUGUAGCGCUGAUCAAGGGCAAGGGCUACGUUCUAGGCAGUGUAUCUCGGGUUGAAGACACCACUCAAGACUCUAGGGUGCGAGUUACUUGGAACCGCCACAGUCAUGAUACUAAGGUUCAGAGCUUUAUACUCUGGGCAUCAGCCAAAUCCCUCCAACCAGGCGAUUUUAUUUGUCUCUUCCAAGGGGCAUCACACCCUACU